AUGUCAAGUAUGUUUAUUGAGUGUACUUCACGAGACAACAAUCCUAGAAAUGAGCCUACAAAUGGAAAUACCGGACGAACUAUGGAAGGCAUCUCGAAGAACCUUGCAAACAUGGCAAAUGAUUUGCCAUCAGGUGGAACCAUCUCAUUUCAGAUUACGGCUUGUAAACGGCAGGAGGGUGGACUUAGAAGAGCAAGUGCGGAAACGUCGGUGGCUGAAACAUCUGAUGUUGAAGCAAGCACUAGUACAGCUCCAAGCUGCAGGAAUAAUUCAUCAAACAGUCUCCUUGAUCGACGGCAACUAUUAGUUACGGGUAACAACGCCUCUAGAUCAUCGUGCAAGCGCAAACCAGCCUUACCGAAGAAGCGGCCAAGCACUAUGCAAGAGCCCGUAAUCAUAAGUGCUGAAACAGGUGAAGCUGUUGAUGAUGAUACAGCUCCCAUGGAAGAUUCAGUUUGUUCGUCAGGAAAUGCUAUUAUCAACAGGGAUUGCAGAUUUGUUCCAGUGAGUAACAACACCAAGGGCAAAGUAGCAGAAUCAGUUGAUUUCUGUAAGGAUGGCACCGAUUUACAACGAUUAUUAUCAACGACAGAGAAAUGUGCAUCUUCAAACUUGUGUAGUGCAACAAAUGCAGCAAAUAUUUUGCAUUGUGACAGCGAGCUCCUGAAUGGUGAAACUAAAGCGGAACAUUGGGAAAUUUCGUCGAUCUCUUCUGUUUCUGAUGCACUGGUGAUAGACACACGGUCAAACAGCUUAUCAUCAUUAGAAGAUGUUAAUGGAAAACAACAAAACGUGGAAUCAUUUGUUAUUACUGAUACAAUUGAUUAUGUGGAUUCUGCUGAACGUAAUAUGAGUUCAUCAGUGGCUCCUACUGGAGCUAUGGAUAUACAGAUUACCGAGAAUUCACGUUUACAAACCGAUGGUUCGGUGGACAGGACUAAUAAAUAUCAGGAGACGACCGAUGCGAAAAUUUGCAAGCUCUCUGAACAAUUUAUGGAUCAACGGAAUGGUUCGAAUAUAUCAAGUUUGAACGAUGUAUUGAUUUUGAAUGCUGCAGUAAACAGUUUUCUUUGGGCUAAUGCAGCUGCCGGGACGGAUGGAGCAAAUGCCUUCAUCACUCCGGAAAUGCUUGCAUAUCUCUCAGCUGCUGGUUUAUCUCCUUCUUUAGGCGUUCCAUGCGCUUCUACUCUUACCGACAAGCCGCAUGACAGCGUGUUAUUUAAAACAACAAGUUUAUCACCGAGCAGUACAACUACAUCUAUGAAACACGAGUUGCCUAUUAAUGAUGAUCAUUCAACGGCUAUGUCAUCAACGAAUGCAUUACAUCUGAAAACAGCCCUCGAUUUGGUUGAACCUAUUGCGCCUGAAUUGGUACCAGAACCAGCGGAAUUCGUGGUUGUUCGUGAAACACUCUCUCCACAGUAUGAAACAUUAAAACCGCUUACACCACUAUCACCUACUUCAACAAGCGAAGCUAUGCUACCUGCAUGUGGAACUCUGCUACUAGAUCACUCAACUGAAUUGAUAACCAAAGCGUCACCAUCUUAUACCAACGAUG